AUGCCGCCCAAGACUAAACAACGCGCGGUCAAGCCCGCCGGCACAAAGUCCAAGAAAGCCAUCCCGCAGCCCUUCACCGCAGCCCCGGCUGAACUCGAGACGCUCCUGUCCACCUUCGACCGCUCGCUCGUAUACAUAGCACAUGUCGAUGUGCAUCCAGCCUGGUUCAAGCGGCGUAUAUUCGGCGUCCCCGUCCUCCUCAACACGGCCAUAACCGCGCUCGUACUAUGGCGCCUGUACGUCAUCGGGCCUCACUACUGGGCCAUUCUCAUGUCCGUCAUGGGAAACCACAAUGAGACUACCAUAUACUGGGCAGGCACAUCCUGGGCAAAUUUGCUAUGGAGGGUAGGAAAGCGCAUGGCCAUGUUCAUGCUGGACUUCCUACUCUUCCGGUUCGUGGCGCUAUGGCCGUUCACUUUCUUCAUUGAGCAGCCAGGCAACCCAGUAAGCUGGCGGUGGAACGUGGGCUUCAGGGAUGAGGAGGUAUACGUGAGGGUCAGCAGAGGAUGGGGAGCUAAAGACCUGCUUGGGGAGGCUGAAGGUGGAAGUGGGCGUGCAGGCGCGGAUAAUCCCUUCUUCAAGACCAGAGUUCUGCCCGCGGUUGACAAGACGAGGUUGAGGGAGAAGACGGGAUAUCUGUUGAUGGAUUCAGACUUCGACCUGGACUUCUUUGGCAUGGUUGCUGCCACGCAACUGCUCGAUCGCAAGGACAUCACACUCGACCACCUCCGCAAAUGCGUCUUCGUCUACGUCGGCGACCCUGAAGCAGAGAACGGACAAUGGGCUGUCUGGGAAUGCGCAAAGCUCGAUGAAGGCUCGGAAACCGAAGCGAGGGACAAGGUCAUACAGUUCAAGGACCGGCUCACAGCCAUGGGCAAGGAGAGCUUGUUCUUCAGAUGGGUCGAGCUCAUCCAGUACGAAAGCAACGCACCGGGUGGCUUCACGCAAGAGCGACAGAUAGCUGCCGCCGAGAAGGUGAAGAAGAUGUUCGAGGACGAAGGAGUGGACUUUGAGGUAUUUGAAAAGGAGAUUGGGGGUAUGGAUGGGUUGGCAGGUGCAUAG